CACUACUCCUGGCCGUGUUUCGCUAGAAUUCUCGUCGACCCCGGAGUCCCGUUGCGACGUCGGCACAGUAAGUAGCGGAAGCAGGAGGAGCAGAAAAUGGCAACCUACAACUCGAAGUUCGCAAGAGAACAUCAAGCACUGUUCCCCGAAGAGGAAAGCUCCUACGGGGAGAGCAGCUCCAGGUCAGAAACUUUUGCAACAAACACGACCGCUCUUGUAGUUCCACCACUGCGGCUCCGGGAUUACCACAAGAACGGUGCCGCUAGGUUCGGCGUGAAAAGCACGCAGAGCUGCCGCGACUUGACACAGAAAAGAACGUCAAGCUACUUUAUCCAUCACAGAACUAGAAGUAGUGGUAGCACGACC